AUGAGUGCUGAAGUGAAGGUGCUGCUGGAAGCACAGCACGACAUUCAUGGUCGGAUCUCCCGCGCCGUGGACAAUCUGAGGAAGAUGGGCGUGAGCAACAUCACCCGCGACGCCAUCCAAGCUCGCCUCGGCAUCCUGGACAAUCUCUGGCAAAAAAUGGAGACCCAGCAUGAGCUCAUUCGUGCGGCGCUGAAGGACAAGUAUCAGGAGAGUGAGUACGCUGUAUCUGAUUUUAUUGAAGUCGCGGAGAAUACUUACGUGACACAACGUAGCACGCUGACCAGCUACGCUGAGAAGCUUAAGGGCGAGACGCCCGCCGCGCUCAGAGGCGAGCCGGACCACGAUCGGGCUCCUAAAACCUCGUUGCCGCGCAUCAAGCUUCCGACGUUUGCGGGAUCUUACGAAGAAUGGCCGUCAUUCCGCGACCUCUUCCAAUCAGUCAUCGGGGCGAAUGAGUCAGUCUCCGACAUCGAGCGAUUUCACUACCUCCGGUCUUGUGUCAAGGGAGCCGCUGAAAAAUUGAUAAAAUCAUUAACGGUGACCGGUGAUAAUUACCAUCGCGCUUGGACGAUUUUGUGCAAGCACUUCAAAAACAAAAGGGAGCUUAUCCGUUCUAAUUUCGCCGCGUUCACCUCCGUUCCCAAAAUGAAGUGCGAGUCAGCGGGAGAACUCGGUCGCAUUCACAACGCCGUAACGACCGCGGUGAACGCGCAGGAGAGUAUAGGGAGACCCAUCAACUCCCACGGUAUGGAUCUCCUCAAUUUUCUCACCGUCGAAUUGUUCGAUUCGCGUACACGGAUGGAAUGGGAGUCCUCGACCUGCGACUCCACUGAUCCGCCAGACCACGGCGCCCUCGUCAGCUUCAUCGCUAAGCGCAUUCUCACGCUAAAUGCCGCGAGGCCGCGAGUAUCGCAACCAACCUCCGAUGGCGCGUCGCGAACCGCGAAAGCUCACCACACGAAGACCGGAUCCGAUCACUUGAAGUGCGCACUGUGCCAGGGGAAGCACACCCUCAUGCAGUGUAACGACUUCAAGGCGAAGUCCGCGAUAGACCGAAAGUCCUUUGUAGAGCAGGGUAGACUGUGCUACAACUGUCUCGGGAACCACAUGAUCUUCAAGUGCCAGUCUGUGAAGACCUGUCUGACGUGCAAGAGCAAGCACCACACUACACUGCACGACGCGUACACUUCGCCCUCCUCCAACGAGGUGAACGCCCUGUCUGCGAUGCACCCCUCAUCUGAGCGUAAAGCGAUCCUCCUCGCGACAGCUCGCGUGCAUCUCACUGACCGCGCCGGGGAUCUUCAUCCGGUCCGAGCGAUGCUCGAUCAAGGAUCCGAGGUGUCGAUCAUCUCCGAAGCACUGGUCCAACGGCUGAGACUUCCCCGCUCCCGCUCCUCAGUGUCCAUAAUCGGCAUCGGCGAGUCACGAUCCGGGUCAACCCGCGGGAGAGUGGCACUCAGUCUCUCCUCGAUGAUCACCGGGGCCAAACUCAAGGCCGUCGCCUUCGUGUUACCGCGCCUGUCGGCCUAUCAGGGUUCUUCGGUGAAGAACCUCCCCUCCUGA